UAAGUUAUCCAAAUUAGAAAAUAAUAAUUUGCUUUUCUUCGUGGGCAAAUGCUUCAGACUUCCUCAACUCCGCUUCCGUCCUGAACUUUCAACUCUUUCGAUUCUCAUCCAUUCCUUUGAAUUUGAUUGCUUCUUCUCUCAAUGGGUUUCCUUUAUCUCGCUAUCAGAAUACCCAGAGCCAUUUCCAUCAUCACCUUCUUUGCCAACAUCUUCACUCACGCCAGAUUCCUGUUCAUUGGCACACUCGCCCAACUGGGCCUCUACAAGCCACCCCCUGAAGAAGAGCCUAAUUCCAGGGACAAUUCUGAGAACUAUAUUCUUAUCUUAGAUGGCUCUUCCCCUUCUCUUGUUCCAAUCCCAGUGAACGUUGUGACUGCAGCUAUCAAGAAAAGAGUUCCCCGUGUUCAAUUUCAAGAUUUUAUCAGACGACGACAAGGAGGAGAAGAAGAGGAAUUGUCUGAGCUGAUCGUGUGCAGUAUUUGCUUGGAGUGUAUAGAAUGGUGUGAUGAGAUCAGGGAGCUCUGCAACUGCAGCCAUGUGUUCCACAGUGGGUGUUUGGACACUUGGCUUGAUGAGGGACAGGUCACUUGCCCUUUGUGCAGGUCUAUGCUGUUAACCCCGAGAACAAUUCUUACCAGUUGUAAUGAAAAUCGAGAUGGGUUGCCGCAAAACGAUGCCCAUUUGGUUGAUAACUGAUUCUUUCAGGUUAUAUUUGAAUUAUUUUCUCGUACAGUCGCGCGCAUUAGAAUGCUUUUAUGAGUUGUGCAAGUUUUGGUGAUCCAUUUUCUUGAUUUUUGUUUUUCGUUUGAUAGCUGCUGAUUGAUGUACUACGAUGUGACUCUUGAUUGUGUAUUCUGCAUUGCUGUUUCUCCAA